UCUUAGAAGGCACAACGCAUAAUUAAGAAGCAGAUUCGAGAAACAAAAAAGAAAUAAAAAAGAAAUAAAAGAACUCGAACGAGACCCAUGGUUCAACUAUGGCAUUGACUUAAAAGCUUGGAGGUAGCAGUGUUGUUUAGUAUAGUAAACAGAUUAGAAUAUUGCCCCUUUUUGGAUUUUGUCUUACAGAUGCUAUCUCCCUUCCCAAAGGGAUAAUACACUCCAUUUGUUCAUCCUAUGCAAUUUUCUUAAUUUUUCGAUGUGAAGAAAUUUGUGUUGGUGUGAUUGGAAUCAUAGGCAUCAAUGUCUGUUGCCUGCUGUGUACCUCUAGUUGAAUGUGUGUCCUGUUUAGCCUGCAUUCGUUGGGUGUGGAAGAAAUUCCUCUACACUGCUGGCAAGGAAAGUGAGAAUUGGGGGCUGGCAACGGCCAGCGAAUUCGAGCCCGUCCCUCGGCUUUGUAAGUACAUUCUAUCUGUCUACGAGGAUGAUCUCAGGAACCCCAUGUGGGCCCCCCAUGGAGGGUAUGGGAUGAACCCUGACUGGAUGUUGAAGAAGAAAGACUACGCGGACACUGAGGGGAAAGUGUCUCCCUACAUGAUCUACCUCGAUCAUGACAAUGAGGAUAUAGUUUUGGCGAUCAGGGGUCUUAAUAUGGGGAAGGAGAGUGAUAUUCUUAUGUUACUGGAUAACAAGCUGGGGCAGACGACAUUUGAUGGGGGGUAUGUGCACAACGGGCUGUUGAAGGCGGCUCAGUACGUUUUGGAGGAGGAGUGUGAGGUGUUGAGGGAGCUAGUUAAGAAGUAUCCAGAUUAUAGUUUGACGUUUGCUGGGCAUUCGCUGGGAGCAGGGGUCGUGACGUUGCUGACAAUGCUGGCAGUUAAGAGUAGGGAUAAAUUGGGGUACAUUGAGAGGAAGAGGAUUAGGUGCUUUGCUAUUGCUCCUGCAAGGUGUAUCUCUCUGAACUUAGCAGUUAGAUACGCAGAUGUCAUAAAUGCAGUUGUGCUGCAGGAUGAUUUCCUUCCACGGACAACAGUUGCGCUGGAACAUGUAUACAAAUCACUUUUUUGUUUCCCGUGCUUGUUGUGCAUAACGUGUUUAAAAGAUACGUGCACAGUCGAGGAGAAGAUGCUGCAAGACCCGAGGAGACUGUACGCUCCCGGUCGUCUCUAUCACAUAAUUGUGAGAAAACCCUUCAGAUGCAAAAGAAUCACGCCCCUUGUAAGAACAGCAGUUCCUGUGGAUGGGCGGUUUGAGCACAUGGUUCUCUCCUGCAACAUAACAUCAGAUCAUGCUAUCAUUUGGAUUCUACAGGAAUCAGAAAAAGCACUCGACUGUAUGAUGGAAAAGGAGCGCGUGAUGAGCAUUCCAGCAGAGCAGAGGAUGGAGCGGCAGGUGUCGCUUGCCAAAGAACAUAGGGACGAGUACAGGGCGGCCUUGGAGAGGGCCGUUGCUCUGGAUAUUCCCCGCGCACACUCACCUUCUUACGGAACGUUCAGAGACAUGGAGGAAGGUCAGAAUUCGAGCAUUCCCAGUGAUUAUUCAUAGCUUUUGGAUUCAGUUGGUAAAUUUGUUGCAGAAAAUGCGUGUGAGAAAAAUCGAAUGAUGAUUCAUUCUUUGAUCAUAUUCAGUGGGUAAUUUUCAUGUAUCUGUGUAAUAACCCACGCAGUUCGUGCAAGGGAUUAUCACCUGAGUUUUCCGGCGACCAAAACCAAUAAAAAGGAAAAUUAUUCUUUUAUGUUUC